AUGUCUCCCGACGAUGCUCCACCAGCACCCCACCACAAGCCCUCGUCCUCUAGCUUCGCGGAUGUUUUCAAGACGUUAGGCGUUGGUCGUCCAAAAUCGCAUUCUCCCGUAUCUCUGCAAGACAGUAGCAGUGACUCUCAAUCUCAUACGACAGAUAGCCGAGGAACCACCAAUCGACUGAUCCUCGGACUCGAAGCUAUGCAUCGCGGAAGUGUGGUCUCGAGCUCCUCGGAUGCGCCUCACGGGCCUGACUUCGAGUCUUCUUUGCGGAUUCUAUCUCAAAAGCAGAACUUGAAUCAUGCCAUUGAGGAGGCGGACUUGGUGUCGAGAACCUUGUCUUGGUUUACCCCUGAGCAAUCCGUGGCGUUGUGGGAGGCCGCGGAGCCUCUGCUUCACCAUGAAAGCUCCAGUGAUGCCCAGAAAGUCGGUGCCAAAUUGCUGGAGACAAUCGCUUCCCGCCAAGACCUGUCUCCCACUGCUAGGCGCAUGAUCUUUGAAUCGAUCGCAUCGCCAACCGAGAGUGAGGUGAUUGCCGCCCGAGUCCAGUCACUGAUCGCUUUGUCAGACCAUGGCAGAAAGCUGGAUUUCACCAACACCUCUAUUCUUCACAUCAUUUCAUCGUGGAUUGUCCCGCUUUACAUGACUAUUGCGACAACACGCUCCAAAUUAAAGAAGGGGAAAGCGCUGAAACCCAACGAGCUUGUUCAAGAUGAAGCAAUUCUAGGGGAUCUCUUCCAAUUCGCGGUAGAUCUUAUCACUCUCCAGCGCAAGUCGCCAACGUCAGAGGAAAUUGAGAUGCUUCUCACAGAAACAUUCACGAUCUGCAAGAAGACCAGCGUUGCCACUGAUAUCAAGAACUCGCUGGCCGUUUUCGACGCCGUGAUUAUGUAUUCCAGUGUCCCUGAUGCAAGCUUUGUUCCUCUUUUAGAAGUUCUCUGCAGCAUUCAUGCCUCAGUCAAAGCCCUUUCUGGGCCGACAUCCCGGGCCGUACGCAGCCUGGCAAAGUCACCAAAGCAGGAGGAAAUGGUGACGACUCUCCAUGAUUUUUUGAGAGAAUCAUGUGCCGAAGACUCUCCGCGGAAUCUGAACGUGCACCGGGGAGCUCUCUACAUCUUCUCUGACCUUGCUCGAGCCUACGGUCAGGGUGGAAUGCCUGAAAUUUCCUUCGACCAAUUGGUUGACUCUCUUACGGUCAUUGCUCAGAAAGAUGACGGCCGAGUUGAUGCUGAUAUUCUGGACUUGUGCUUGAACAUGCUGGAGAGUGAUUAUAGCCGUGUCUCUCUCGCUUAUGGAUGGACGCAGUUUAUUGAUCUCCUUCUUCUUUGCUCCCGGAGAAUAUACGAGGACUAUGACGACCCGAUUGGCUCUCCAACUAGCCCGCAGCAGUCGCAUCUCAAGAACGCACACGAUGAUGUCAAGUCGCAUAUUCUUGCAAAUAUCAUCCGGAUAACGUCCGUUCUGGAAUCUCUUUGGGACCAGCUCACUAAAGAACAAAAGCAACAGUCGGUUCGGUUCUUGGCAAAGAAUCAUCAACACAUCGAUCAUUCUCAGUCAGAACUCAUUAUCAACAUGAUGAGAGAAGACACACUUUGCCAUCCUUCUGAGGGGUCCAACUGGGUGCAACACUGCCGAGAGAUCAUCGAACGCUUUAUUCAGCCUCGAAAGCAGUCAUCAGACAUUCGCAUUCUAGCCCUAGACACGCUCAAAGAGGCUCUUGCAGGUAACGAGCACUUACUCUUUUCUGAAGAGUACGGCUUGUUGGAUCUUCUACUCGCAGACUUUUCUGCUGAGCAUGAUCUGCUGUUUUUGGAGUCGCUCGUUUCAUUCAUCACGGACCCCGCUAUCCACUCCAACGACGAUGAAGGGUUCAAGCGUCUCAUUGACACCAUUGCGAGGCCAAUGGAGAGAGAUCCGUCGAAGGAUGAGCCCCGUGAGACAUCGCCAAGCUAUGCUCCGCGUCGUACAUCCACAAGCGUCUUGGAGUUGUCGAUGGGGAAUGUCUGCGCGGUCGGUCUAGUCAAGAUGAUGAUCCGUGCUUUAAAUGCCUCCGCCGCCAAAUCCAUCGUCAUUUUCGAGGCCUUGCUGCAGAUCGCACAGUCCCCUGACCGCCCAGCGGACGCUCGCCUGACUGUCUUGAAGCUACUUUUCCGGCUUCGAUGUGACUCGCUCGGGGCUAUUACCGUGGUCUCAACCUCGGAGAAUGACUUCUUAAUGAACGUCCUAGGACGAAAUGUCGACGUAACCUCAAUGCUGCAUCCGAGCAGUGAGAGCCCCAUCAGAGACCUCCCCCAGCAGGAUAAUCUGAUUCCCUCCAUGGGGCCCAAAAUUCCAGCGAAAGAACUUCCUGCGGGGUUCCUUUCCAAGUCAAGCCCUCGGGGCUCGAUUUCGGCCCGUGGAUCAAAGUUGACACCUCCCGUCUGGACCUAUUCCCAACCACAAGUUCUUCCAGAGCAGCCAUCUGAAAAGUCUAGUCCGUUCGUCUUUGCUCACACCCAGAAAAAUGGCGCUUCGUCUCCCGCUGAUUCCACACCGACACUGAUGGGUGUCCUGAAAGUGAACAUGUGGGUUGAGUGUGUGAUCUCCCUUCUUCAGCGAGAGACCGACUGGGACGUCUAUAGUUACGUUCUCACGCACCUCGGGCCUCAGCUUAGCAACAAGGAGUUCUUCAGCAACACUAUUCCUCAGAUCAAACUUCUACGGAGCAUUCUGUGCGACCAGGUCAAGAACGAGAGUUUCCACGAGCCACCUGCCCUAACUGGUUUGAAGAAAAGCGAUGUGGCGGCUUGUAUCUUUGAUACACUCUGUAUGCUAGUCAGCUAUCACGAGCACUUUGCUAAAAGUGAAGAGGAUGACUUGGUACGAGCGUUCAUGCUUGGAAUUAUCGGUUCUUGGGGUGCUACAUCCCGUGGAUGCAUUCAGGCGCUUUCACUUUGCUGUCAUGAAAUCCCAAUGUCGGUGACUAAAUCGUUGACGAACAUUCUCGACAAAAUGUCAAAGGUUAUCACCAUGUCCAACAUUGCCGUCCACAUCUUGGAGUUUUUGGCUUUGCUCGCACGUCUGCCAGAUGUCUACGUCAAUCUCCGCGAGGAGGAAAUUCGCACCGUGUUUGGCAUUUGCAUUCGGUUUUUGCAGACAUCGAGAGAGCAAGAACAACGCCAAAAGGCAUCUGAGUCACCCACUGCACGAGCUUCCCAACAGCCGCAGUCGAGACAUAGCGGCGGUGCUCGAGAAAUUGCCGCGGGCCCAACGGAAGCAACUGAAGCCCCUGCACACGAUGCCAUGUCCAAGUACAUCAUGACUCUCACAUACAGUGUCAUGGUAUUCUGGUAUCUGUCUCUGAAGCUUCAAGAUCGGCCAAAGCAUGUCAAUUGGAUCACCAGCAGACUCAUCUUCCACGAUGAACAUGGCAAGGAAGUAGUCGAGGAACAAAGCCAGGUUUUCAUCGAUCUGAUGCAACGUGUGGCCUUUUCGGAUCUGGGAGAAACCAUCCCGUACGAGACUUUCCCGCCGACCCCAGAGGACGGCCCUGUAUCUAAGAAAUCAUGGGUCGUGGGCAUGAGUAUUGUCACUGUUGAGACCGCCGGUAUCUCUGGACUGACCCAGCUCGCGAAGCGCCAGGCGUCAGGAACGACAUACUCCAUGUAUCAACAGCGAACAGCGCCUGUUCUACCGCACCAGGCUCCUGCAACUCCGGAUGCUCACCUGCAUUCCGAUGCGACGCGCACAGCUGUUUUGCCCAGCCACAUCAUGCUCCAACUCACAGCCACCGCCUUCCCUACUCCAACAGUGAUGCAACCUAUCCCGGUUCCUGAAGAUGACAUUACCAGGCGAGCGAUCACCAACUUUGAUCGCACCGACAUUGUCGAUGGUCACCGAAUUGGAGUCGUCUAUCUUGACAACGGUCAGAGCAAAGAGGCUGAAAUCCUUGCAAACACUGGUGGUUCCCCAGACUAUGAACACUUCCUGUCUGGUCUUGGAACGAAGGUUUCUCUUCGGAACGCUCAGUUCAAUACCCAGGGACUUUAUGCUGACACUGACGGCGAGGCAACUUACGCCUGGCGUGAUCGGGUGACUGAGAUCGUUUACCACGUCGCUACAAUGAUGCCCACGAACUUUGACCAUGAUCCCAACUGCAUCAAUAAGAAGCGAAAUCUCGGGAAUAACUUUGUCACCAUCGUCUUCAACCGUUCCAACCUGCCUUUCAACUUUGACACAAUACCUUCCGAGUUCAAUUCUAUCAACAUCGUGAUCACCCCUUGCAGUCGUAUUGCCUACGAUGAGUCUGGAGCCUCAAUUGGUGAAACAGAUCCUGACAAGCAAUACUACACUGUGAGAGUCAUGAGCAAGCCCGGCUACCCUGACGUAUCGCCUGCUGCGACUCCGAAGGUCAUCUCGGGUAAGAAUCUGGCUCCUUUCGUGCGGAUUCUCGCUCUAAACGCAUCUGUCUUCUCUCUGGUCUGGAACAACAAGGGUGGUGAGCAUGCCUCAUCCUGGCGCACUCGUCUUCGCGAAAUCAAGAAAGUUCGUGAGAGGGCCCUAGCCGCCCAGGCCCAGAGUGCCGCCGAGGCCGCUGAAGGCGCAUACCCCGGCCAACGUCGCAACACGAAGCCCAACAUUUUCUCCGAAGAACUGCCGACUCGUACUGCUCCGGUGCAAACCGACUUUGCCGCAGAGUGGAAUGCAGCAUCUGGAACGAACAUUUGUCAGAACCUAGACUUUUCUCGCUGGAGCCGCUGA